GUUAGGGCUGGUUUUGAUAUAGCACAGCACAGCGGCAGAAGGAAGAAUUAAUUCACAGAAAGCGAAAGAAAGAAAAAUGAGCGACGAAGCAAAAUCGAAAACGAAGAUCGAUGCUACCAAAAUCGGAGGUGGUGGAUUCCGAUCAAAGAUUGAUCAUGUUCUUUAUAGCGGCGAUAAGAAGCAUGUUUUCGCUGGCUUAGUUCUCAUCACCGCCGUUUUUUCUGUUCCAUGGUUUCUUAUGAAUAAAGGAUCAAAACACCAGUCUCAUCAAGAUUACUUGGAAAAGGCUGAAAAAGCUGAUAAAGCAAGGAGCCAAAGACUCUCCUCCAAUCCUGCUUCCGCCAAAUCUUGAAAAGCAUUAUGUUACAGAUCCCAGUUUUUAAGUAACUCUAGAUUUUUUUCGACAGAAGUAACUCUAGAUUUAAAGCCAUUAGAUAUGUUUGUAGGAUGCCCUUUUCUCUCGUUUUGUCAUUGGGAUGGAGGUCCAUUUUUCUGAAACCAUUGUACUUUUCUGCUAAGUCAAUCUUUUAAUAAAUAAAAACUAAGGAUGUUAGAUAAUUUGAUGUACUAAAUUUUUCCUAUAUAUAAUAAAAUUUGUUGCAUA